GGAUUCCCUCCACUGAAGGCAGAGCGGAAUUGGAGCAAAGUUCUUCUUGGGGGACCAGUCAGGAGGAGGGGAGCGUGUUGGCCCUUCUGAACACCCAUUUCCUCCAUUGAGGCUCUGAUGCGGGAGGUGACGUUUGCAGCUGGAGGAAUGCAUUUGUGCCCACGUCCCAACCUCAGGAACGAAACGGCAGCUUUUCUAGAUCCCCAGCCUGGAAUCGGAGCUUACGGCAAGGCUUUUCAAACAAAAUCAGCGAGAAUGGCUGGAUUGUGAAGGCUGCUUUUGGAGCCGUUCAUUUUAGACUUGGGAGAAUUGGUGAGCCAGGGGGGCCUACUCAAAGCAGCGUUGUUUUGCUAACUAGAUGGAGACUGGGAAAGGGCAUUUGCCCAAGAAACUUCCCAUGAAGCAACGCCGCCAGCUGGAAUGCAGGCAGGAGACUAAGCUGUUGCCUUUCCCUGGGUUCUUGGUUCUGCUCCUGCUGCUGCUGCUUCUGGCUUUGCCAUCCUUUGCCCAUCCUGGGCCCACUCCCACCGAUGAGAGCGGAGAGAUUGUGGAGUGGCUGACCCAGUAUGGAUACCUUCCUCCAGCGGAUCCCAUAACAGGCCAGUUGCAGACUUGGGAGGCAGUGACCAGUGCCAUCCGUGUAAUGCAACGUUUUGCAGGCAUUGCGGAGACUGGGAUUCCAGACGAUGCCACGUUGGCUCUGAUCCGAAUGCCCCGCUGUUCGCUUCCUGACGUUAUCAGCACCUUCCCAGAGAAGCUUCCUCUGCGGAAGAGCAGGAGCAGGAAAAGGCGGAAGAGAAGGAAGAGUCGGAGCAAGCGGAGCGCAGGCUCGGUUUGGACGAAGCGGAACAUUUCCUGGAAAGUGAAGACCUACCCACGGGAAGCCCGCCUCAGCCGAGAGACCAUUCGCGUAUUGAUGUAUUAUGCCUUGAAGGUAUGGAGUGAAGCUACACCCUUGAACUUCCACGAGGUGGGCAGCCACACGGCUGACAUCUCUGUGGAGUUCCUCCGCCUGGACCACCAUGAUGGCUACCCUUUCGACGGGCCGGGUGGAAUGGUCGCUCAUGCCUUCUUUCCUGGAGACCCUCAGAGGGCUGGCAACGUCCACUUUGAUGGCGACGAGGAAUGGACGUUCCGUUCACCAGAUGACUUUGGCACCGACCUUUUUGCUGUGGCAGUUCACGAGUUUGGCCACAGCCUUGGGCUAGCACAUUCACCCUCCAAGCAUUCCAUCAUGCGCCCAUACUACCAGGGACCAGUGGGAGACCCACUGCAAUACCAGCUGCAUGCGGAUGACCGGACUGAGAUACAGAAGCUUUAUGGAAGUCGAGUUCUUCAUUCUACGGAGGAGCCAGAGUUAACCUCGCUGCUCCCAGAUCUUCUCUCCUUGCCGCACGACUUCCCUGCCCUCAGGUCCGGGAAGGAAUUCCCCGAUCGCUGCUCCUCCAACAUUGACGCUGUCACUCAGAUCAGAGGUGAAACGUUCUUUUUCAAAGGUCAGUACUUCUGGCGCCUGACUCAAGGUCGUCACCUCACCUCUCUGCGCCCAGCCUUGAUCACCGGCUUCUGGCGAGGCCUGCCUUCCACCCUCCGCAAAGUAGACGCCGUUUAUGAGAGACACAUAGAUCAUCGCAUCCUCUUCUUCAGCGGACCUCUCUACUGGGUAUUUAAGGACAACAGUGUUGAAGAGGGCUACCCCCGCCCUGUCACAGACUUUGGGCUGCCCCAGGGGGGCAUCGAUGGUGCUUUCUCGUGGCCUGCUGACAGGAAAACCUAUUUCUUCAAGGGAGAUCUGCACUGGUGCUAUGAUGAAGCCACAGCGCACAUGGAAGAAGGAUUCCCCGUCCACAGAGAACCCUGGGAGCACUUCCCCACCUCCGUAGAUGCUGUGCUGAGUGAGAACGAUGGAACACUGUAUGCCUUUAAGGGCAGGGAGUACUGGAAGUUUGAGCCACGCAACCUCAAGCCCCAGACUGGCUACCCUCGUUCCAUAGCUAAGGACUGGCUGGAUUGCACAGGAGAACUGUACCCUCCCCGGAGCCUGCCUACCAGCCCUGCGUCAGGAGCUGAACGCCAGCCAGACUUGCGGGGCCCGCAGCUCGAGGUGGAACGAUGUGUGUGCUUUUGCUCCGCCUUCCGUGUGAUGUCGUGGGGCUUGCUCAGCUGCCUGCUGGCGGCUCUCCUGGCACUGCAAGGAUUUGCCUAGGAAGGAGACAGAACCUCGCCUGGUGAUCACUUUGCUCCACAAGGAUCCUCGGCAGCACCGACCCCAAUUGCCACGUUGCGCGUCCGUG